UCAAAAUCAUUACAGUGGUGGCCACGCCUUUAAUCCCAGCCCUCAGCAGUCAGAGACAAGUGGUUCUCUGAAGUUUUAGGCUAGCCUGGUCUACAUAGUGAGUUCCAGUCCAGCUAAGGCUACCUAGUGAGAAUCUCUCUCAAAAUAUAAAUAAAAUUAUUGAAGUGGGUAUUGGGGAUGCAGCUCAGUGAUGAGCACUGGCUAGUACACACCAAGCCUUGAGUUCAGUCCCCGGCAGCACAGAAAGGGAGGUGAAUGUUAGAGUAAAAUUAUUAAACUGAUCGGUUCUCUGCCAUGUGAAUUUAUAUUUGUUGGCGCUGCUGCAACAAAAUAUCAUCAACCAGGUAGCUGCUGAACAAUAGAAGUUCACUGCUUGUAGUGCUGGAGGCCGGGAAGGCUGAGGUCAAGUUCUCUAGUGCACCUGUUUCCUCAGAGACAAGGGGUGUCUCUCUGGGAAGACUGCCUUCCUGGUCUCCUCAUCUCCUGGACAUUCCCACCUCUUCCGUCUGUCACCUCGGGGCUUAAGAUUCCAGCAGAUGAACUGAGAGGGGAUGCAAACAUUCAGACCAUAGCAGAACUUUACCUCAGUGUGUAAAAGGCUUGUGGGGCUUCGGCUAUAGCUCAGUGGUAGGACACUUAAGUAGCAGACUCUCGGCCCUGGAUUCAGUCCCCAGGACGACAAAAGAAAACAAAAAUCUUACAGGAGAAAAAAGUAAAGAAAGGAAAAUAAAAGUAAGGUAAGGGUAGGGAACAGUGCUCUGGGUUUCCUUAAGUGUGACGUGGUGACAAUAACAGCCCCCGAUCCCCAGAGUCAAGAUGAGUAACAUGUCAGUUAGUGUCACAUAAAACACUCAUCCUACAGCAGGUACCCAAACUAAAUGUCAAUUACCUUUUCUCCUACACAAAUGUCUAACCUGUUUGCCUACUUAAAAAAAAAAAAUGGCUCCAGCCAGACAGCCUGUCCUCACAUGGGGUUCACCCACGCUUGCUUCCUGCACCUGGCGGGCCAUGCCACUGGUGGAAAUAUAUUGCCUCCUGUGUACAGGGCAACAUGGUCCUUGGGCCAUCUCUGCGGAUUCUGUGGAAUUGGCCACUGAGUCAGAGGCUCCAAGGCCUGUUGGAAGAGGUCUAGGAAGUGGCAUUUUUAAGACUAUCUCUGGAGUGAGAGCAUCGGGUUAAAUUCUCUCUACUGUCUCCUCAGGAAGCCUGCCCAGGGAAACACUGAUGUCCAGACCCCUCUCAACCUUUGCCUAAGGUUCUGAGUGUCUCUUAGCUCCACCUUGGGCUCUUCUGGGUGUGCCGUCACCCCUUGGUCUAGGGGACCCCAGAGACAGGGGCCCACCCUCUCUGUCCUUUGCCUUCCUAAACACUGAUCUUCUGGGUCUCCCUGGGUGUGGGUUGUCCUGGGAUGCUAGAGAGAGAGAGAGUCUUCAGAAGUCUUAGUGUUUUCCUUUGUUUCCUUCUCUGUGUUCUUGGGAGAGCUCGGCCUCUCUUUCCCUGCCAUUCUAUUUCUGACUUUUCUAGAUAGUCCGGAAAUUCCGACGCUGCGUCACACCAGCCUUUGCUUUCCUGCUCCUGUCUUACCCAGAAUGCACUAGGUGUGGGCUGGCACCCACCCGACGCCACAGUGACCAUGGAUCCUGGAGCUGGCUCUGACUCAUCUCUGACUGUGAAUGAGCAGGUCAUUGUGAUGUCAGGCCAUGAGACCAUCCGAGUGUUGGAAGUCGGAGUGGAUGCUCAGCUCCCGGCUGAGGAGGAGAGCAAAAGACUGGAGAGUGUGGCCGCUGAUGGCCCCCAGAGUGGAGGCUCUACUGAAGCCAGUGAACCUGGUGGUGAAGCUGGGCCGCACGACCCAGACCGUUCUGCAGAAGCAGCUGUGAAGUCUCUCCCCGGGAUCCCUCCAAGUCCUGCCCCAGCCAUCGCCACCUUCAGCCAAGCCCCAAGCCAGCCUCAAGCAUCACAGACCCUGACGCCACUGGCUGUACAAGCUGCCCCCCAGGUCUUGACUCAGGAAAACUUAGCCACAGUUCUGACAGGAGUUGUGGUUCCGGCAGGGGCGGUUACUCAACCUCUUCUUAUCCCCAUCAGUAUUGCAGGUCAAGUGUCUGGGCAGCAGGGGCUGGCCGUGUGGACAAUCCCUACAGCAGCCGUGGCUGCCCUCCCCGGACUGGCCGCUGCUUCUCCCACGGGGGCAGUCUUCAAGCCGCCUUUAGCUGGGCUCCAAGCAGCUGCCGUGCUGAACACCGCCCUCCCGACACCUGUACAAGCUGCCCCACCAGUCCAGACCUCCUCGCCCGCCCAGCCCCGGCCACCAGCUCAGCCCCAGACGCUGUUCCAGACCCAGCCGCUGCUACAGACCACGCCUGCCAUACUCCCACAGCCCACUGCCGCCACUGUCGCCGCCCCCACCCCAAAGCCAGUGGACACCACCCCGCAGAUCACCGUCCAGCCCGCAGGCUUCGCAUUUAGCCCGGGGAUCAUCAGUGCUGCUUCCCUCGGGGGGCAGACCCAGAUCCUGGGCUCCCUCACUACAGCUCCAGUCAUUACCAACGCCAUUCCCAGCAUGCCGGGGAUCAGCAGUCAGAUCCUCACCAAUGCUCAGGGACAGGUUAUUGGAGCACUUCCAUGGGUAGUGAACUCGGCCAGUGUGGCCACACCAGCACCAGCACAGAGCCUGCAGGUCCAAGCCGUGACUCCUCAACUCUUGUUGAAUGCCCAGGGCCAGGUGAUCGCAACCCUAGCCAGCAGCCCCCUGCCUCAACCUAUGGCUGUCCGGAAGCCAAACACACCGGAGUCCCCUGCUAAGAGUGAGGUGCAGCCUAUCCAGCCGACACCAGCGGUACCCCAGCCUGCCGUGGUAGUCACCAGCCCGGCCUCAGGCAUCAAGCCAUCGGCUUCGGCUCCCAUCCCCAUCACCUGCUCAGAGACCCCAACUGUCAGUCAGUUGGUAUCGAAGCCUCACACUCCAAGCCUGGAUGAGGACGGGAUCAACUUAGAGGAGAUCCGGGAGUUUGCCAAGAAUUUUAAGAUCCGGCGGCUCUCCCUAGGUCUUACACAGACCCAGGUGGGCCAGGCUUUGACUGCGACAGAAGGUCCAGCCUACAGCCAAUCGGCCAUCUGCCGGUUUGAGAAGUUGGACAUCACACCCAAGAGUGCCCAGAAACUGAAGCCAGUUCUGGAGAAGUGGCUGAAUGAGGCGGAGCUCCGGAACCAGGAAGGCCAGCAGAAUCUGAUGGAGUUUGUGGGCGGCGAGCCCUCCAAGAAACGCAAGCGGCGUACCUCCUUCACACCGCAGGCCAUAGAGGCUCUCAAUGCCUACUUUGAGAAGAACCCCCUGCCCACCGGCCAGGAGAUCACCGAGAUCGCUAAGGAGCUCAACUAUGACCGUGAGGUGGUACGGGUCUGGUUCUGUAAUCGACGCCAGACACUCAAAAACACCAGCAAGCUGAACGUCUUUCAGAUCCCCUAGGGCUUCGUCUCAGCCCUUGUUCCAGCACUUUCUACUCUCUCCUCAGCUACCGGAUGUCGUGGCUGCAGUGACAGUCCCGUGUGCAGCUGUGCGCAGCUGUGCUUGCCCUGGGUCAUGAGACCUCACCUGUGCAUGUGUGUCAAUGCCUGCCUCUUCCGCCCACAUAUGUCACACCCUGGGGAGACCCAAAGGGCUGCAUGAGAGACCUACGCUCUGGGCUGGGCACAUGGAAGGAGGGGAUUUGUGAUGUCCUUUGAAAAGCACUUUGCCAACAUGGUUUCUGAAGGGUGAAUUCUGGUUGGGAACCAGAAAGGCUCUGUCUUUGGGACAGGGCUGUAGCAACUCUUGGGGACCACUGUGCGUUAGCUCUUGUUUUGGGUGGCACUCACCACCCCUUGCCCUUGGCUCCUCUGUGGUUGUCCCAGUAUGACAGCUCACCCAGUGAGAUCUCAGCCUCACACUGCCCUCCUUUACUUUGUACACGGGCACAUUGAACCCUUUAAAGGACCAAGCAGAUGAAAUUCA